AUCGAUAUUUGAUUUUCAGCUCUACUGCGAAAAAAGUGAGGUUAGGUUUUUUUACAAAUGCUUUCAAAUUUCAAAACAAUAAACAAAUCGAAUUUUUCAAGAACAAAAUUUAUUAUUUUUCAAUUAAACUAGCUUCUUAAAUAAUUGAAUCUGUUAUUUUCAAGUGCCAAAAUGUUUCCUACAAGUAGCCAAUGCAAAUAUUGGAUGUUUAGUAGCGAAGAAGAGCUAGAUUCUUUGAGGGUAAAUGCAAACAAUAAACAUAUAGAAACUCAUGGAAAAAACAUUAAUCCAGCAACAAAAUAUGAUAUUUUCCUAAAUCCAGAAGAAGAAAGACUGAUGGUAAAACGCUUCGAAGGCCACCUCAAAGAUUUUUGCAAAAGAUUUCAACCUCCAAUGCCCAGAUGCGUAACUGGAACAGCAUUUCAUUACUUCAAAAGAUUUUACAUCAAAAACUCUGUAAUGAAUUAUCAUCCUAAAGAAAUCAUGGUAACAUGUAUUUAUCUAGCUUGUAAAGUAGAAGAAUUCAAUGUUUCAAUACUACAAUUUGUUGCCAACAUUAAAGGAGACCGAGAAAAGGCUGCAGAUAUUAUUUUGAAUAAUGAAUUAUUGCUAAUGGAGCAGUUAAACUUUCAACUUGCCAUACACAAUCCUUUUAGACCUGUUGAGGGAUUACUUAUAGAUAUUAAAACAAGAGGUUCUCUACAUGAUCCAGAACGUUUAAGAGUAGGAACAGAACAGUUUUUAGAAAGAGUCCUACUUACUGAUGCUUUACUACUUUAUGCUCCAAGUCAAGUGGCCUUAGCAGCUGUACUUCACGCGGCUUCAAAAUUGCAAGAAAAUUUAGAUUCCUAUGUAACAGAGAUUUUGUUUGGCAGGGAUGGAAGCGAUAAGUUGGCCCAUUUAAUUGAUGCAGUUAGAGCAAUCAGAUCAAUGGAAAAGACUGUAGACAUUGCUGCCGAUAAGAAUCUAAUGAAAACUUUAGACAAGAAAUUGGAAAAAUGUAGGAAUCCUGAAAAUAAUCCAGAUAGUGACAUUUAUAAAAAGAAAAUGCAAGCCUUGUUAGAUGACGAAGACGAUCUGUAUAAUGCAAUCUCCGCGCAAAAUCAGGAAAAAGACGAUUCAGCUUUAAGAAUGAGUCUUCCAAAUUCCCCAGAAGUAGCCUAAUAACUUCAUUCUCUGCAACUUCAUUAUUUAGCCAAGUAAAG